GCGUGGAUGAAGCAUGUCGGCCACCAGCGUGGACCCGCAGCACAGAACGGGCCUCUGCAUCGGAAGGACGCGGGCCCCGACCCCGACUCUGAGCCCCGCCUUCCGGGACCGUCCGGCCAGGGGAACACUUACCCGUCCAUGGCCGACCCCUACCUGUCCAGCUACUACCCCCCGUCCAUCGGCUUUCCGUACUCUCUCAGUGAGGCCCCCUGGUCUAGUGGAGGGGACCCCCCGAUCCCCUACCUCGCUCCCUAUGGACAGCUCAGCAAUGGAGACCAUCACUUCCUGCACGAUGCCGUGUUUGGGCAGCCCGGCGGCCUGGGCGGCAGCAUCUACCCUCACCGGCUUAACUUCUUCCCCGACAACCCUGCCUUCUCUGCCUGGGGGGCGAGCGGGGGUCCGGGGCAGCAGGCGCAGGGCUCGGCCUACGGGGGCAGCUACACCUACCCACCCAGCUCCCUGGGCGGCACCGUCGUGGACGGGCAGACGAGCUUCCCAGGCGACACGUUGGGCAAGGCCACGGGCAUGAGCAGCCUGGAGCAGGGCGUGGUGGGCCUGAAGAUCGGCCAAGUCUCUGCCACGGCCAGCAAGCCAGGCCUGGGUGCCAGCAGCACGGCGGUGACAGCUGUCCUUCCGGCGGGCGGGGGGGCAGGUGUGAGUGGGCCCGUCCCCAAGCCCACCUCGUGGGCGGCCAUCGCUAGCAAGCCAGCCAAAACGCAGCCGAGAAUGAAAGCCAAGAGUGGACCCGGGGCCGGGGCCGUGCUGCUGCCUUCACCCAUGAAGCAGCACAUGGUCAUCGGCACAUGGGACGGCCAGGGGCCUGUGCCCAAGGCUGCAGUGGCCCAGCCGGUGCCCCCAGCCCUGCCAGCCAGCCAGUCGCUGCCCGCCCAGCCUCCCACCGCAGCCCAGCCACCACCGCAGGCGCGCUGGGUCUCCCCGCGCAACAGAAGUGCAGCGUUUGGACAGGGCGGCGGGGCUGGGGGGGACGGAAGCCCUGCGGGGAGCGGCCAGCCUGGCUCUGGCCCGAGCACCGAGGCCCACCCUGUCCUCGAGCGCCUGAAGGCCGCGCACAGCUACAACCCCGAAGGCUUCGACUGGGACCUGCGCGGUGGCCGCGCCUUCAUCAUCAAGAGCUACUCAGAGGACGACGUGCACCGCUCCAUCAAGUACUCCAUCUGGUGCAGCACGGAGCACGGCAACAAGCGCCUGGACAGCGCCUUCCGCGCCUCCCGCAGCGCCGGGCCCGUCUACCUGCUCUUCAGCGUCAACGGCAGCGGCCACUUCUGCGGGGUGGCCGAGAUGAAGUCGGCCGUGGACUAUGGCGCCAGCGCGGGGGUCUGGGCUCAGGACAAGUGGAAGGGCAAGUUCGACGUGAAGUGGAUCUUCGUCAAGGACGUGCCCAACACCCAGCUGCGGCACAUCCGCCUGGAGAACAACGACAACAAGCCCGUCACCAACUCGCGCGACACGCAGGAGGUGCCGCUGGACAAGGCCCGGCAGGUGCUGCGGAUCAUCGCCGCCUACAAGCACACCACCUCCAUCUUCGACGACUUCUCGCACUACGAGAAGCGGCAGGAGGAGGAGGAGGUGGUGCGGAAGGAACGACAGAAUCGAAGCAAGCAGUAAGGACCCGCAUCUGCGCUACGUGCCAGGGAAGGUGCUGGGCCGCGCCUGGCCGCCCCGGGUGCAGGAAGAAGACAGACUGCCCAGUCCAGCUCAAAGACGGGGUUUUAUUUUGGCAGAAUUGUGUUUUUACUCGUCCCAGCAUAGCCAUUGAACCCCUCACAGCUCCUUUUCUCGCCCUCUGCCCGUGGGGCCGUGAGAUGCCGGAGUCUCGUCACUUCUCAUGUCCUCAUCCGACGCUGAAGGCCGGGGGAACCCAGCACCCAACGCGCCAUUUCUGUGACCUGGUCCUGUCCGUCCCUUGGACUUUGCUCCUGUACACGGGGGUGUCCAUGUUUAGCCGCUGUGGUCAGCCUGCCCCUGUGGGCCUCCUGCAGUGCCCUGACAGGCAAGGCAGGUUCCAGCCCGUGUGGCCUUCACUGCCCCUCCAUGGCUGAGAACCUCCCUGAAAUUCUCAUUUUCUAUCAUUAGUGCUGAGCCUUAAGUAUUGGGGCUGGCGGUAAGGUGGACGGGAGGGCCACUCCUCACAGGUUGGGCUUGAGUUCUUGUUUUGGUGAGUGGGUUAAAGAAAAGAAGA